ACAAAUCUGAAAGCCCAAUCCAAAUCCUUGGGCUAAAAUACGAUUGAAACCCUAAAAACAAAACGCAGCAGCACUGAAACUCAACUCGCCGGAGAAACCAAAGGCUAGCCGCAAAAUCGCCGUUACUUCCGACAUCACCUUCUCCGAAAGCUCGUAUCUUUGGAGAUUUUGCAUUUCAGAGGAUUAAAUUGUUGUAGUCGGUGUUGUCAGAGUGUAAGAAAUGACUCAGAACAUUUUUGAUGGCAGUGAUUCAGAAACUGAAGAUAUCUCAAAUAUCAAGAUAGACGAGGAAUAUGCUCGUAGGUUUGAGCACAACAAGAGGCGAGAGGAUCUCCAGCGUUAUGAAGAAUUGAAAAAGAAGGGGGUUAUUGGUUCACCUUCACACACGGAAGAUGAUGAAUCUGAGUCUGAAUCUUCUUCUGAUGAUGAUGUGAACAAUUUCAAUACUAAGAGUGACAAGGAAUUCUUUGAUGCUUUGAUUAAGGUGAAGAAGAAAGAUCCUGUUCUUAAGCAAAAGGAUGUUAAGCUUUUUGAAUCAGAUCAUAGUAGUGAAGAUGAAAGUGAUGAUGAGAAGAGUAAAGAUAAGGAGAAAAAGUCGAUGUUUUUGAAGGAUGUGGUGGCAAAGCAUUUGAUUGAGGAGGGACCAGAUUUUGGUGAUGAAGAGGAUGAAACAAAUGAGAUAGGUAUAUCUAAUGGUGGUAAGAAGACUUAUGCUGAAGAGCAAGAGGAGUUGAAACAGGCUUUUCUGAAAGCAGCAGAAAAGGAUGGCUUGGGAGAUGCGGAUUUUCUCACCUUAAAGGAAAAGACAGGUGAAGACAAAGUAGAGAGUGAAGAUGAGGAAUUUGAGGAGAAACUGGAUGCAUAUUUUGAUGAUUCAAACGAAAAUUCUUUAUUUCUAAAAAACUAUUUCAAGAACAAAAUGUGGGUAGACAAGAAUGCGGAGAAUUUGAAUGUUGGAGAGGAGGAUUUGCAAGAGAUUUCAGAAGAUGAGAUGGAAAUUGAGAGGCAGGAAGAGUACGAAGUUAGUUUUCAGGAAAAUCCAGAGGAUAGAGUGCUGGGUCAUGCUCGUAAGGUGGAGGGUUCGGUGAGGAAAAAGACAAACUCAAGGAAAGAGCAGAGAAAGAGCAAAGAGGAGAGAGAGGCAAUACGACAAAAGGAAAGGGAUGAGGAGUUGAAACAUUUAAAGAAUGUGAAAAUGCAAGAGAUACAAGAGAAGGUUAAAAAGAUAAAGAAGAUUGCAGGGAUCAACGAUGAUGAUAUUAUCCCUUUGUCUACUGCAGAAUUAGAAAAAGAGUUUGACCCAGAGGAAUAUGACAGAAUGAUGAAGAAAGCAUUUGAUGCGAAGUAUUAUAACGAAGAGGAUGUUGACCCUGAAUUUUGUAGUGAGGGUGAAGAAGACAUGGAGAAGCCAGAUUUUGAAAAAGAGGAUGAUUUACUCGGGCUUCCUAAAGAUUGGGAUGAAUGUGGAUCUGGUGGUGGGUUUUUGGCUGCAAGAGAAAAAGCAUUGAAAGCAAAGAUUGAAAAUACUAGCGAUGAUGAUCUCAUGGAAGGAGAAACUGAAAAAGAGGACAUUCCCGAGGAAGGUAGUAGUCGGAAGAGGAAGCGUAAAACUGCACUUUUGGAGAAAGCAAGACAAAUAAUGAUGGAUGAGUAUUAUAAUUUAGAUUAUGAGGACACAGUUGGGGAUCUGAAGACAAGAUUCAAGUAUACCAAAACAAAACCUAACAGAUUUGGCCUGGAUACUCCAGAGAUACUAUUGAUCGAUGAUAAGGAACUGAAUCAACAUAUUUCCUUGAAAAAACUUGCUCCUUACCAAGAAGAGGAAUUGAAGCUUAGCAAACAAAAAAGAUACAUGCUGAAGAUGAGGGCUAAGGAGAUCCUUCGUGCAGCAAGUUUGGGUAAGAAGAAAAAGAGGUCAAAGGUUGAUUCUAGCAAAUCAACUAAGGUUGAUUCUAGCAAGUUAACUUCAAACAAUGUUGUGGAGGAAGAAAAAGCAAACACAGCAAGUUUGGAUAAGAAGAGAAAUAAGAAGCCCAAGGCUGAUUCUAGCAAGUCAACCUCAUCAAACAGUGGUGUUGUGGAGGACGAAAAAUCUAACACAGAAGAAUCAAAAUCAAGGAAAGCCAAGAGAAGGGAAAACAGGGCUAAAUUAAAGUUGCCAGAGUCGAGACUUAAAGCAUAUGGAAAGACAACCUGAAAAUCUAAGUAUGGAGGCAAGCUAUAAAAAUGUUUAAACCAGAAUGCCCUUAGAUGAUUGGAAAUUUUGACAUUGCAAAGGAUAAUGUGCUGGCCCAAGUUUUGUGUGUGGAGAAGUUUUUGUUUUGGUUUUCCUUUUUUAUUUUUCUAGUUUUCUCCAUUCAAUACAUUAUGUAUGGAUUUUUUUUUUAUAUAUUUCUGGAUUACAUUGAUGUAUGGAUUUUUCAUUUAUAGUCAAACUGCCUUUGGGAUCAGCAAUUCA